CAACAAAAUCUCUUCCACUCCCCGCCACAUCGCUAAACAACCAUUUCCACAACCACAACCACCACAUCGCGCUCUGAGAUACCCAACUUGCACUUGCAAUCAUGUCAAACUCUUUAGAACAACUCAAGGCCUCUGGCACCACUGUUGUCAGUGACUCUGGUGAUUUCGUCUCCAUCGGCAAAUAUAAGCCACAAGAUGCCACCACCAACCCCUCCCUCAUCCUCGCAGCAUCCAAGAAGGCCGAAUAUGCCAAGCUCAUCGACGUUGCUGUUGAGUACGGCAAGUCCCACGGCAAGGAUAGCGAUGAGAAGGUCGAUGCCACACUUGAUCGUCUCUUGGUCGAAUUCGGAAAGGAGAUCUUGAACAUUGUCCCCGGCAAGGUCUCAACUGAAGUUGAUGCUCGCUUCUCUUUCGAUACCAAGGGCUCAGUCAACAAGGCUCUGCACAUCAUUGAUCUCUACAAAUCCGUCGGCAUCGACAAGUCCCGCGUCCUCAUCAAGAUUGCCUCAACAUGGGAGGGCAUCCAGGCCGCCCGCAUUCUCCAACGUGACCACGGCAUCAAUGUCAACCUCACCCUCAUGUUCUCUCAAGUCCAAGCCAUCGCCGCCGCCGAGGCCGGAACGUUCCUCAUCUCCCCCUUCGUCGGACGUAUCCUCGAUUGGUACAAGGCCAAGACCGGAAAGACAUAUACCAAGGAGGAAGACCCAGGCGUUGCAUCUGUCAAGGCCAUCUUCGAUUACUACAAGAAGUUCGGAUAUAAGACCAUCGUCAUGGGCGCCUCAUUCCGAAGCAUUGGUGAGAUCACAGAGUUGGCCGGCUGCGAUUACUUGACCAUCGCCCCCAAUCUCCUCGAAGAGCUCAUGGGCUCCAGCGACGCCGUUCCCCAGAAGCUCGACGCUUCGACAGCCAGCGCCCUCGACCUCGAGAAGAAGACAUACAUCGAUAACGAAGCCGAUUUCCGCUUCUACUUCAACGAGGACCAGAUGGCAGUUGAGAAGUUGCGGGAGGGUAUCAGCAAGUUUGCUGCUGAUGCUGUGACUCUUAAGGAUAUCCUUAAGGCGAAGAUUGAGGCAUAAAUCCUUGCGUGAAGUAGGAGGAAGGAUGGAUAAUGAAGAAUGAGAAAAAAAUGUUUUUUGGACAUCGCAAGAUGAACGGAGAAUGCACGAUGUAGUUAUGACGAGCACGCAAGUACAAAAUUCAAUAAGUAAUAAAUGACCCCCCAUACUCCUUGG